AUGGCAUCCGCUGGGUUAAUCUGCCGGGGUGAAGAAGGUAGACGGUACCGGCUUGUCCGGCCCCUUGGAACACCAGUACGCGGCAAAGGUUGCAAUGUAUGGCUCGGACUUGACGAUUCUAACCCCGAUGCGGAGUACAUCAUGAAACGGCCUCCAGGAGAUCAAAUUGAAGAAUCCUGGUCCGAUGCUCUCGCUGCUUUCAAGCAUGAACUGGAGAUGCAAAGACUCUUUGCAAAGGAUCCCAUGAUCCGAAGGCUCGUUGAUUAUGUCCCCGAGUCGGAGCCUAGUGGCCCGAUGAUGGUCCUUGAAGCAUUCACAGACUCACUCUGGGACGCCCGAAAUGGCGUCCUUCUUGGCAUUUUUACAGUGCAUAUGAAAGGCCUGGUUUACACUGUUAGCAAACCAUCUACCCGGGAGAUUACCUCUCUCACAUAUCGAAGUCCUGAAGUUCAUUUCGGAAAGCCAUGGUCUUCGAGUACGGAUGUUUGGUCCUGGGGAAUAAUUUUGGCGCAAUUGCUCCAGGCACAGGUAGACUUCAGAUCACCAGGGAUGUACGAUUCGAUUCAAACCGGCACCUUAGCAGAGAAGGGUGCUGUCAUUCGAGACCAGCUUGCAAUUGAUUUCGACUUAUCCUCUGUGCCAUUCUACUCCGAGGAUGAGCAAUGCGCCAGACUGUUGCCUACUCCACAACCGGAAGAGGCAUAUAUGUGGGCAAACAGCAUGGUUGAGAAAGGUGUUUCUGGUGAAGAUAUUCAAUUUCUGGUGGAAGUUAUGAACCCGAAUCCAGAUGCGCGCCUUACAGUGCGUGAAAUCCUCGAAAGUGGAUAUUUGGAAAUUUAACUGGAUUGGCCUGUGUUUUC